AAUGUAAAUAUCAAGAAAACAUAUAUACUAUAAAUAUAUCUCUCUCUCUUUAUUUUUUCUUUCUUUCAUGGCUUCUUCUUCAUCAAAUCCUAGAAUAAUUGUUGAAAAAAAUCCAUCUCAAUCUCAACUCAAUGAAUUGGGCAUCAAAUCUUGGCCUAAAUGGGGUUGUUCUCCUGGAAAAUACCAAUUAAAAUUUGAUGCACAAGAGACAUGUUAUUUGAUAAGAGGUAAAGUGAAAGUUACAACAAAGAAUUCAAAUGAAACAAUUGAAUUUGGAGCUGGUGAUCUUGUGAUUAUUCCAAAAGGAUUAAGUUGCACUUGGGAUGUUUCAAUUGCUGUUGAUAAACAUUAUAAGUUUGAUUAAUUCUUCUUAAUCCUAAUUAAAACUUAGUUAAUUAUAUAGAGAUAAACAUCCAGUAUCCCCCGAACUACGACCAAAUUUGCUACGACACACUCCAACUUCACAGGGGUCCUAUUACCUCCGAACUCAAUUUUAGUGUAUUUUUGUCAACCUUUUUAGCCGACAUACACGUUGUAGGGGGUAACAAAACCCCCCUGAACACACACGUCAGCUAAAAAGAAUGACAAAAAGACGCUAAAAAUUAGUUCUGGGGUAAUAGGACCCCCGUAAAACUGGAGUGUGUCGCAACAAAUUUGAUCAUAGUUCAGGAGGGUACUAGAUGCUUUACUCUUAAUUAUAUAUCAUUAGUUGGUAUUCUUGUUUACUUAGUCAAAUGAUGAUGUUUAUGAUAAACAUCUCAUGAUUGUAAUCAAUUUUCUUGAUAUAUAGAGAUAUAUUUAUUUAUA